AUGCAGUGUGCUAUGACGGCGUGCAAUCAUCCCGCAGCAAGAAAAGCACUACAAUUCGCGUGUGGUAAUGCACUGAUUUGUGAAACUGCUGAAGACGCGAGGACUCUUGCAUAUGGUAGCGCUGGAGGUGACAGAUAUAAAGCCGUUGCUUUGGAUGGAACCAUGUUCCAGCAAAGCGGAGUGAUUGGAGGUGGUAGUCAUGAGUUGAAAAUGCGUGCGAAGAAAUGGGACGAGAGGGACUUGAAGUAG